AUGGGUGAGAUGGAACAGAUGCGCAAGGAGGCUAAUACCCUCAAAGAGCAGAUUGCUGCGGCACGCAAAGCAGCUCAGGACACAACCAUGGAUUCAGUGGCCUCUGGGUCAGCAGCAGUUGGCCGUAUCCAGCUAAAGACCAGGAGGACACUAAAAGGUCAUCUGGCCAAAAUCUAUGCCAUGCAUUGGUCCACUGACUCCAGGUUAAUGGUCAGUGCUUCCCAGGACGGCAAGCUAAUUGUGUGGGACAGCUACACCACCAACAAGGUGAACGCCAUCCCCCUCAAGUCUUCAUGGGUGAUGACGUGUGCAUUUGCACCCUCUGGGAAUCUGGUGGCGAGCGGUGGUUUGGACAACAUGUGCACCGUCUACAACCUGAAGGGCAAGGAUGGCAACGUCAGAGUCUUGAAAGAGUUGGACGCUCACACAGGUUACCUCUCCUGCUGCCGCUUCCUGAGUGACACUGAGAUCAUCACCAGCUCAGGGGACACCACCUGUGCAUUGUGGGACCUCGAGACUGGCAAGCAGAAGACAGUCUUCAUGAGCCACGUGGGCGACUGCAUGUCCCUGGCUUUGUCCCCCGACAUGAACACAUUCAUCUCUGGAGCCUGUGACUCCCAGGCCAAGCUGUGGGACAUCAGAGACGGCACCUGCAAACAGACCUUCCAGGGCCACACCAGCGACAUCAACGCCAUUUCGUUCUUCCCCAACGGCACCGCCAUAGUUACGGGCUCAGACGAUUGCAGCUGCAAGAUGUACGACCUGCGCUCCGACCAGGAGCUGCUUACCUACUCGGACUCCUCCAUCAACUGCGGAGUCACCUCGCUGGCCCUGUCCAUCUCCGGCCGCCUCAUCAUGGCCGGCUACGAUGACUUCAACUGCAACAUCUGGGACUCGCUCAAGGCUGAGAAAAUUGGAGUUUUGGCUGGUCAUGACAACAGAGUGAGCUGCACCGGAGUGCCACCUGAUGGCAUGUGCGUCUGCACAGGAUCCUGGGAUAGCUUCCUGAAGAUCUGGAACUGA